GAAAACAAAAUAUGCUUUGGGUAGUAAUGACAUUUAACUGAGCGAGCGACUGCUCUCUGUGCACAGCAUGAGAUUAAUUGUGUGCGUCUGCGACUAUUGGCAACGGCGUCAUUAUUACAAUCGCCCCCAAGCUAAGGAUAUCCAAAUUGAGUCAGCUGACGAGGGAAAGCAACUGGCUAAGCAUAAACUUAUGCGUCGACUUUCCGUGCAACUGGACGCCGUUAGUGGGAACUAUUUGUUGCGCGAAGUACUGCAGCAAAAUGUGUUGCAACACCAACUACAACACAAUCUGAGCGUGCAACUCUUGUGGCUCUCGUUGCAGCCACCUGCGAGACUUGGCAUCGAUUACAAGUGGACACUAAUGCUGUCGCAUACCAUUGCGGAGCACGUGCAAUUGGACCAACUGAUGUGCUGGCUGUCCACUCUGGGUGGCGGCUAUUCAUCGCUGGGCGAUCAAUUUACGCGCUGCGCCGAGGCAGCUGGCAAGAUUUCAUUGCAGCAGCUGAGCAUUGGUCUGCGACUGGGGAAUCCCUUGCUGCAGGCGCGUUGCAAGCUCUAUUACAGCAUUUCCCUCAUCCAGCGGGGGGAACUGCGUCAAGCCAAGCAGCUGAUAAGGAAUCAAUAUCGCUUAGCUUGCGAGCAAAAUGAUCAGCGUUUGAAGAGAAUGUGUCACGGCGUCUGGGAACGAUUGCGUUAUGAAUACGGCGAGCGUCAGAGGAAGGCUAUAAAAUAAGAUGAGCUAG